UAAUUAACCAUGGCCAUUCAUCGCAAAUGUUGUUUUACUGCCCGUGCUGUGUCACCAUCCCGGUCCAAAGAUUGCCUCAUUGUUUACACGCGCUCUGCACCAAGAGGCUCACUCGGAUCCCAGCUCCUCAUUUUUGAACCAAAAUUCUUGACUAGGUGCCUCCAAUCUCACCACUUCUUCCAUUCUGCCCGUCCGUCUUUCAUCCAGCAGAACCACCUGGUUCUCAACUCUGUACCAGGUUGGGGUCUGAAAGUCCAAAAGAUAAGAUGGGAUCAGGAGUGUCCUGCUUCGGUCAGAUGUGUGGGCAGCAGAACAAGCGAGAGGCGGAGAGACGAUUGCGAGCUAAUGACAGAGCGUUCAACCUUUCUUACCGUUAUGCUGAUAAUGCCAUCAAGACAUCCAAAUACAACAUCUUCACCUUUCUGCCGCUGAACCUUUUCGAGCAGUUCAGGAGGCUCGCUAACUGCUUUUUCCUCUUCCUCUUUACACUUCAGCUCAUCCCACAAAUCUCCUCGCUCGCCUGGUUUACCACAGCCGCUCUUCUAAUUUUGGUGCUCUCCAUCACGGCGGUCAAAGAUGCCUCCGAUGACAUAAACAGACACAAAAGUGACAACCAGGUGAAUAACCGUGAAGUGAGCGUCCUCGUUGAUGGAGAACUGAGAACUGAAAAAUGGAUGAAUGUUCACGUUGGAGAUAUAGUCAAACUGGAAAAUAACCACUUUGCCACAGCAGACCUUCUUUUACUCUCCAGCAGUGAGCCUCUCAAUGUGGUUUAUGUUAAAACGGCUGAAUUAGACGGUGAAACCAAUCUGAAGGUGAAACAGGCACUGACUGUCACUGGAGCGAUGGGAGACGACACUGAAGCACUGUCCAGCUUCAACGGAGAAAUUAAAUGUGAACCUCCAAACAAUCGUCUGGAAAUUUUUAGAGGGACACUCACAGUAAAUGGACAAACAUAUUCUUUGGACAAUGACAAAGUGCUUCUGCGUGGAUGCACUCUGAGAAAUACAGAGUGGUGCUUUGGACUAGUUAUCUUUGGAGGUCCAGACACCAAGUUGAUACAGAACAGUGGAAAGACAACAUUCAAAAGGACGAGCAUUGAUCACCUCAUGAACAUAUUGGUGCUUUGUAUUUUUGUUUUCCUGCUGUCCAUGUGCUCCGUUCUGGCCAUUGGCCAUGCCAUUUGGGAGAUGUCCGAGGGUUCCGUUUUCACUGUGUUCCUCCCUUCAGAACCAGGCAUCGAUGCUCCUCUCUCAUCAUUCCUCUGCUUCUGGUCUUAUGUGAUUCUCCUGAACACGGUGGUGCCCAUGUCUCUCUUUGUCAGCGUGGAAGCCAUCCGUCUGGUGAAUAGUUUUUACAUUGACUGGGACAGGAAGAUGUAUUACCCCAAGAGUGACACUCCGGCUGAGGCGAGGACCACCACUCUGAAUGAAGAGCUGGGUCAGAUCAAAUAUAUCUUCAGCGACAAGACCGGUACCCUGACGCAGAACAUCAUGACAUUCAAUAAGUGCUCGAUCAAUGGCAAACGUUAUGGGGAGCUCUUGGACUUUUCAGGACAGAGCACUGAAGUAACAGAGAGUACACCGAGGGUCGAUUUCACGUGGAACCAGCAAGCCGAUCCAAAGUUCAUUUUUCACGACCACAAUCUGGUGGACACUGUCAGGGAUGGCAACUCAGAGGCUCAAGAAUUCUUCCGUUUGUUGGCUCUGUGCCACACAGUGAUGCCCGAGGAAAAAACAGAGGGGGAGCUACAUUACCAGGCUCAGUCCCCGGAUGAAGGUGCUCUGGUCACCGCUGCAAGAAACUUUGGCUUUGUGUUCCAUUCACGCACCCCAGAGACCGUCACAGUGGAGGAAUUGGGCACGCUAGUCAUCUAUGAACUUUUGGCUGUUUUAGAUUUCAAUAACGUGCGCAAGAGGAUGUCAGUCAUAGUGCGCAACCCUGAAGGGAGGCUGACUCUUUACUGCAAAGGGGCAGACACCGUCAUCUACGAGAGGCUGCACACCUGCUGUACCGCACUCAAGUGUGUCACCACCGGACACCUCAAUGAAUACGCAGGUGAUGGUCUCCGCACUUUGGUUCUGGCUUACAAGGACUUGGACGAGAGCUAUGUGAAGGAGUGGAUGCGGCGCCACCAUGAGGCCAGCACCACCAUCGGAGAACGAGACGAGAAACUUCAUGAGCUGUAUGAAGAGAUUGAGAAAGACUUGUUGCUUCUGGGAGCAACGGCAGUGGAAGACAAGUUGCAGGAUGGUGUGCCUCAGACAAUAGAGCAGCUGGCCAAAGCUGACAUCAAAAUCUGGGUUUUGACCGGAGAUAAACAAGAGACGGCAGAAAAUAUUGGCUAUUCUUGCAACAUGCUGCGAGAGGAAAUGAAGGACGUUUUCACCGUGUCCGCAAAUACAGCAGAAGGAGUCAAAGAGGAGCUUCAAAGUGCAAGAAAGAAAAUGUGUCCGACGGCAGCAAAAGAACCAAAAGUGACCAAAGCUCGCUCAGGCCUCUUGUGGUUGCAAAGAACCGAAACUGUUCAAGAUGACAAAGUGGAUGGGGAAUAUGCACUUGUUAUAAAUGGACACAGUCUGGCCUUUGCCUUAGAGAAAGGCUUGGAAUUGGAACUAUUAAGGACGGCAUGCAUGUGCCAAACCGUGAUCUGCUGCAGGGUCACCCCACUACAGAAAGCCCAGGUUGUUGAACUGGUGAAAAAAUACAAACAGGCGGUCACUUUGGCUAUUGGGGAUGGGGCCAACGACGUCAGCAUGAUCAAGGCUGCACAUAUUGGUGUCGGCAUCAGUGGUCAGGAGGGCAUGCAGGCCGUUCUGUCCAGUGACUUCUCCUUUGCCCAGUUCCGCUAUUUGCAGCGUCUGCUGCUGGUGCACGGGCGCUGGUCAUAUCUGCGCAUGUGCAAGUUUCUACAGUACUUCUUCUACAAGAACUUCACCUUCACCUUCGUACAUUUCUGGUACGCCUUCUUCUGUGGCUUUUCUGCACAGACUGUGUAUGACGAGUGGUUCAUCACCAUGUACAACCUGGUGUACACAGCCCUCCCUGUCCUAGGAAUGAGUCUUUUUGACCAGGAUGUGAAUGAUCGCUGGAGUUUCCAGUAUCCGCAGCUCUACUCCCCUGGGCCUCUGAACACUUAUUUCAACAAGAAAUUAUUUGUCCGUUGCAUGAUGCACAGUUGCUACAGCUCCCUCAUCCUCUUCUUCAUUCCAUGGGCGGCGAUGCAUGACACAGUCCGAGACGACGGCAAAGACAUUGCGGAUUAUCAGUCCUUUGCUUUACUGGCACAGACGUGUUUGCUUGUCGUGGUCAGCAUCCAGCUGUGUCUAGACACCCAUUACUGGACAGCUGUGAACCAGUUUUUUGUGUGGGGCAGCCUUGCAGUCUACUUUGCUACCACGUUUACCAUGUUCAGCAAUGGCAUGUUCCUAAUCUUCACCUCCGCAUUCCCCUUUAUCGGUACAGCGAGGAACUCUCUGAACCAGCCUAAUGUGUGGCUGAUUAUACUCUUGACAACGCUCCUCUGUAGUCUGCCGGUGGUGGCUUACCGUUUCACUGUCAUUCAGCUUUGUCCCACCGUCAAUGAUAAGGUGAGACAUAAGUUGCGGAAGGAGGCGCUGCCAGGCCCCGCGCCUCGUCGUCCGCCCGGGACCGAUUGA